CGGCUCAUUACGCCUGAGCGCGCGGCGCAAUAACAGCGACGAUGGCGGCGAUGCCAGCGAGCGUGAAGCCCGGCGAGGUGCCAUGCCCGGACCCAUCAGUGCAUGAGCAAAACCACAAGCUGUCCGAGCAAGCGUCCACCGCAGCGCUCUAUGCGACGCACCCGGAUCGCAAACAGGAGGACCCGCUUGGAGCAGACGGCAAGCUCUCGUCAAGAAGUCCGUUGCGCCGCGAAGGCCAAGAUUCAUCAGCGCUUCACUAACACGUAUACAAUAGGCGCUGCCGCAUCGCUCAAGUACGCGCGAGCACAAGAUCUACCUUCCUUUCCCAGCACUGGCCAUGUCGGCGACGGCGCCGGACUGAAAGCGGCCAACCUGGCCAAAGACUACAAGAUGCAGGAGCUCUGGCAACCCGAACUCAGCUCCGCCGGUUCCCGCGCAGCACUCCUCGCGCACAAAGAAGGCCCAAAACUCGACCUGUGGCAGCCAUCCGCCAGCAAGGCCGGUAAUUCCGCCGCCGUACUCGCGAUGCGCGGCGCGCAGGGUCUGAGUCCACAGCUCGAUCGCGGGUAUACGCCUGAAGGCAAAUCCAACUCUCUAAAGGCCGCCAACCUAUCCAUCAAUCGCAGCGGCACGCUACCUCCUUCCGCGCCACCAUCGUAUCCCGACGCGGAGAACGCCGGCCACAAUGCGCUGAACGCAGCAACCUCCGUCCACCGUAGAGACAACAGCAACGCCACCACCAACAGCAAACUGAUGCCCGACGGGUGGGACAGCGAAGCCAACCAAGCCGCCCGUGUCACCCAUCUGCACAUGAAGCCGGAGAUGUUCACUGAACACCCACCCGUCGACGUAGGAAACGACGAAGCGAAGCACCAAGCCGCCCUCCGCGCUUCCGCUGUCAGCAUGGCUAAGCAGAUGUAUGAACAUCAAAACCGCACCGCGUUCGGAUCCGAUCUCACGCCCAAAGAACUCGCCGCCGCUACACCAAGCGGUCAACAACGCGACAUGAAGCAGGAAGCGCUCCGCUACAUCAACCUUCAGGACGCUGCGCACAAGCUUGCGCAAGAGCGUCUCGCAAAGAUCGAUAAGAACUUUGAGCAGGCGCAGUACCGCGAAUACUACGGCUACCCAGAUCAAACCGCCGCCCCACGCAAGUCCAUAUCAUCACGUCUAUCAAUGAGCGGCGGCCGUCGUCCACGUAACCGCGACAGCGCCGAGGCCGACCCAGACGACUCCGACGAUGAAGCAAAUGCGCGCCGUAUCCGUAGUCAGAUGUCGCAACUCAACUCCGGCCUGCAAUCGGUGGACGAAAAGAAACGCACUGAUGACCGCGCACGCCUGCUUGCAGCCGCGGAAGCUAAAGUGCACGCGCAGAUGCAUAGCAUGGACGAGAAGGUCUUCGCGGACACGGGCAAGGUCAGUCCGGCAAUGAUGGAGGAGUGGGAGGCGAAAGCGAGAAAGCGCGCGGAAGAAGAGAGGGCGGAACGGGCUGCGCAUCCGGGUCAAGUGAACAUUGGUGGUGGCAAGUUCAUGGCGCAGAGUGAGAUUGAAGCCAUCGCGGCGGCGCGCUUGAAGCCGACCUUGGACGAGAUUAAUGACACGGCUGAGAAGAGGAGAGCGAGGGAUCAGGAGAUUAGGGAGCAGAAGGAGGAGGAAGAGAGGUUGAAGCGGGAGGAGAAGGAGCGGAAGGCGCAGGAAAAGAUGGAGGCUAGGCGGGCGAAGUGUGAGUACUCCCCAGCCCUCUGUUUCCCACGGUGUGGUUGGGAUGUGAGCGUGAACUGACAUUUGUGUGUUGGUGUAGAUGAAGAGAAGGUCGCCAAGCAGCAUGAGAAGGAAGAAGCAAAGGCGCGCAAAGAGGAGGAGAAGCGGAAAAGUAGAGAGAUCAAGCGGGAGGAUGCUACCGCCACUCUUACACCUGAUGGCGCGGAGGAGGAGAAGAAGCAUAAGCGUGCUGGUACCCUUACCAAGCUCGCGAGCAAAUGGCGUCGCGACGAUAAGCAAGACGAGAAGGCGGAGACCGAGACUAAGCCUACUGUGGCGCUUGCCGGCGCUGCAGGUGCCG